AUGAUGGCAUCUCCCUUUAUCUCCAUCAUCUUCUUCACCAUAUGUGGCUUAUCAAUCUUUGUGAACUCUCAAACAGAUUCCUGCAACUCAAAUCUAAACAUCAAUGGCCUCCCUUUUGACUCAGCAUCUCUCCUAUGUGUUAAUGCUUGGAAGGCUCACGAUUUCAUUCUUCGAUACGCGCAGAGUUCAUCAAAUUUAUGGAGCUUUGUUCUGUCAGCACCAGAUGCAAAUAGUUACAUAGCUAUAGGGUUUUCAAGCAAUGGUUUGAUGAUAGGAUCUAGUGCUGUUGUGGGUUGGAUGUCGGGCAGUGACGGUUCUUCAGGAGUGAAAAAGUAUUUUUUAGGAGGACAAACUACAAAGGAUGUGGUACCUGACCAAGGAAACCUAGACGUUAAUACAUCCAUGAUCACAAGUCAAUCUUUACGUCUGUAUUUAGCCUUCCAGUUGAAAAUCGACCAGCCGUCGCCGCGGAUACUAUAUGCUCUCGGGCAGACCGGUUUGUUGCCGUCUUCUCCAAGCUUCGCCUUGACCCAGCACGCUGACAUGGUCUCCACAACCUUGAAUUAUGUUACAGGUCAAGCAAGCAACGCAAGCCCACAGAGUAAAUUAAGGAAGACUCAUGGAGCCUUGGCCAUGCUUGGUUGGGGUAUUCUGAUGAUAAUUGGAGCAAUAGUUGCUCGGCAUUUCAGGGAAUGGGAUCCUAUUUGGUUCUAUGUCCACACUUGUAUUCAAUCAUUGGGCUUUUUGACAGGCAUAGCUGGUGUAAUCUGUGGACUUGUCCUCGAAAAUCGUCUUGGUGCUGAUGUGUCUACUCACAAAAGUCUUGGGGUCUUCAUUCUUGUUCUUGGAUGCCUUCAGGUGAUGGCAUUUUUGGCUCGACCAGAUAAGUCGUCAAAAGUGAGAAAGUAUUGGAACUGGUACCAUUACAGUGUGGGAUGGAUUUUGAUGAUAUUUGCAAUAUCAAAUGUGUUCUACGGAAUCCAUUUAGGUGAAAAUGGACAGGGAUGGAAUGUGGGUUAUGGGGUUGUUCUUGCUGUCUUGUUUGUAAUUGCUGUCAUUUUGGAGGUGAGAAUGUGGAUGAGAAAAUAA